AUGCCAUACACACGUCCCGUUUCGACGCCUACUACGCCUACAACACCAUUCCCAAAACUGUCAGCGUCAUCAUAUUCACACGGCGGUGAUAAAAAUUCCUCCAGCCCAACUUGGCCCUUGACAAAAAUUACUUUUGGCUCGUCAAAAACUAAACCGCCAUCCUCAACCACUACUCUUCUCGAUGUAUUCGCUGCUAACUCACAAAAUUUAAAGUCGUCGACUUCUCCGUCCCCUUUUUCCCCACCAAAAUCUCAACCUGUUGACAUUCAAAGAAAGAAAGCACUCGAAGAAGUAAAAGAAAUUAUUUCAACUUCUCCUCAAUUCUCAACUUCGCCAAGACGUACUAAAUCUUCACCGGAAUCAUAUCGAAGAUUACACAUAGAUCUUCAAGCUGUUCUGCCGCCGAAAAUUAUCACUUCAGAUCUUGCAGUUCUACGAAGGAAAAAUGGUGAAGUCGUAAAAUCAUCGUUAAAAUCGAAAUCCGAGCCAACUACCCCGAUAUGCCCUAAAUUCGUUCAUUUCGACGCGGACUUGGAACAUGUAAGAUUCUUCUUGGAAGCGGAAAAACCUCAAGCAGUUAGUUGUGAUGCAAUUACCACAGCACAUUCAUCAAAACCUGUGUUUGUGGAGUCAAUUUGCCUAUCCAAAGAUCAGCGAAAACUUCAAGGUCGUGUUCAAGUGCAAAAUAUUGCAUUCCAGAAAACAGUUGUUAUUCGAUAUACCUUUGAUUUCUGGUCGUCUGUCUCGGAAGUUACGGCCUCGUAUUCAGAAAAUGCUCAAGAUCGAAAAAAUCAAAACUUUGAUGUUUUCGUAUUUUCAAUUGAUCUAAUUGACAAUUCCAGGAACCCAAUUAAUGGACAAACGAUGUAUUUUGCUGUUCGAUAUAAUGUUGAUAAUCGUGACCUUUGGGAUAAUAAUAAUGCCUCGAAUUAUCAAGUUAACUUUAAACGUCUGACGAAACAAGCUCCACCACGUGCAUCAAGAAAUUCGAGACCAAAAUCAAGCUGGUCGUCCCCCAACUCAACUAUGGUUUCUGGUAGUCUAGAAUCUGAUGAACUUGCUCGCUCUCCAAACGCAUCGAAAUCACAAACCUCGCCAAAUGCAGUAUUAAAGACCAAUAGAUAUGAUAUCAAUCAAUCUUUAUCCGCUGCGAUGACAAAACCACAAGCACUAGCUUUCAAUCCCCGUCCAACUCCGUCUCCAUCAACGAUGCAACACUUUAAUCAUCACGUUCUUCCAUAUUCACUCGCGUAUAACAGUAAUGACAACUUUCAUGCAAUCUUUGGUAACUGUGUUGAUGGUCAGCCCUGCACUCUUGACACUUCUAUGUCGGGCGAUGCAUCAAAACAAAUCAAUAUGACAAGAAAUGUCGAAGGAUCGCGACCAAUUGCAAUUCCAACUUCGGCCUCAAAACCAGUUCUCGGCUCAUCUUCAUACUAUGAUUUUGUUGACCGAUAUUGCUUCUAUCAAGGAGGAUCAUCUCCUCACACCAUUUAUGCAAGCAGUCCUCCGGUCAUGAUUUAA